AAACAAACAACAAAUUUCGAGGUUAUUUAUUUGUCAAAUCGUUUUGCGUAUUUUACGAUUGACGAAUGUAAAAUACACCAAUAUAGAAAAUUAAUUUACAUGUUAAAAUUGUAUUUUGUAGGUACCACGUGAUUUGUUUUUUUAUCGUAUGUAUCUGGAACGAAUACCAAAGAUUACACUAUGUUGUUUGAUGUUCAUGCACAUUCAGGCCUCCGGAUAUACAGCACAAUCACAAGAUCAGACAAGUUCAAGAACAAACACACUAUUUGACGACGCCGAUGAUAUUCAGAGGCAGCUCGACAAUGAAGCCAGGGAUAGGAUCAAGUAUGGACGACCGAAAACAAUAUGGGUAUUCCAUUUUCCCACACAUUUUCCUGAGCACAAUUCCUUGAUAGACCCCACAGAGUCUCAAAUGAGAUGUCCACGGGAUGUAAGAGUUCGUAAAAGUAACAAAAGAGAAGAAGAAGAUGACGUGAUGACGCCACCGUUGCCACCGUUUCGAGAUUGGGACUACAAUGAUCAGGCGAAAUGGCCCCUACAGUUUCCCGAAUGCGGUGGGAAGUCCCAGUCCCCAGUUGACUUGCCUAUCGCCGGACUGAUCAAGUCGAGAGGAGCGAGGGCUCUGCUCUUCCAGAACUAUGAUGUACAGGCGAAGGCUUUGACCUUGAUGAACGAUGGCAAACGAGUAAUACUCUUCGGCGAAUGGCGAAUCGACCAGCGGCCUCUAAUCUACGGGGGUGCAGCUCACAGCCGGCGGUACCUCUUCCACCACCUCACAUUGCACCUCCCAGCGGAACAUACAGUAGGAGGCCUUCAAUAUCCCCUGGAAACACAAGCGUUCUACGUGUCGGCUGAGUAUCAGAAUAUGGGGCAGGCUUUGGACGCCUCGCCGAGCGACCCUCAGGCUUUUCUUGCGGUCUCUAAUUUGUAUAAGUAUGCAAACCACACACACAAAGGUCUGGAAGACCUUCUGGCAUCGGCUAAGCAAGUGGGUUGGCGCAACGGGACCCUUUGCGGCAAGUCCCUGAGUUUCUUCAACCCGCCCUUCAAGGAGUACGCCUGUUACCAAGGAUCAAUGACCGCUCCGCCGUGCACGGAGUCCGUUCUGUGGCUGAUCAGAGGAAGGACCCUGUCUGUCACGAGGAGCACGGUGGAGGAAGCUCAAACACUGUUAAUCUCAGAGACUGAACCCAAGCAUUUGUUCUUCAGAAGUACGCAACCGUUGAACGACAGAAAAGUUUACCUUUUCAAAUAGGCUCUGUGUCAGCCAUUUUGGUAUAUCAACCGAGGGUUCGUCCUGCUUUGGCGAUCCACGAACGCUAACGCGAUGCGAUCCGAGGCGAAAACAGAUGUAUGAUGUGCAAUGCCGUACUGCGCAACGUUACAGAGGCCAUUUUAACAAAAUCGCAUCGCUACGCAUUGCGAUCGCUCACAGAGUGCCUCUAUAUUGAAAACUACACACCACAUCUAUGAUAAGGUAAAGAAAAUUUCAAUUAAUAAUUUAUACUGUUAUGUUGAACGUAAAAUAAUAACGACUAUUCCUUUCGCUUAAUGAAUUAAUAACAAGAUAUUUGAACAUCAGUCACUUGUGUGUAUUUAAUUUCUACUUCUUGUACGUGAAUUUACUCCUCUGUUAGUCUUGCUGUAAUUAUUUAAAGCUUGUAAAAUAAACU